AUGAAUUUCCAGGCCUAUGUCAGUUUGUGGGCCUCGUGCCUUGUGGGUGGCCUUCUAUUUUUCACACUACAUUCAUCGAGCAAACCAGUAGAUUACGUGCCUCAAUGUCCCAUGGCCAAACCCCAUAGACCUUCGACCUAUCUCGCCAACACUCCGGUCAUAGACACCAUUUUGCAUGACCCUGAGUUCCGCAGCCAGUCUCUUGUCAAACUACAAAACGCCAUCCGCAUUAGAACAGAAACCCACGACGACGACCCGAGUACUGUAGAGGAUGACCCUGAAUACUGGGCAAAGUUCGAUAUUUUUGAAAGCUACUUGAAGUCGACCUUUCCCUUAUUCUACCAGAACACAGAACUUCAUAAAGUCAACCAUCAUGGACUCGUUUACAUUUGGAGAGGCACAAAUAGCACCCUGAAACCCCUUCUCUUGAUGGGACACCAAGACACCAGCCCAGUGCCGGAGUCGACGCUUCCAUUAUGGACGUAUCCACCUUUCGAUGCACAUUACAAUGGGACUCAUCUUUUUGGCAGAGGAUCAUCCGACUGUAAAAACCUGGUUAUUGGCUACUUCGAGGCUGCCGAGGAGCUUAUGAAGACCGGGUUUAUUCCUCGUCGUACUGUUAUCUUUUCGUUUGGUUUUGACGAGGAAGUGAGCGGUGUGCGUAACAGGAAUGCUGGGUGGCUGGAAGAAAAAUUUGGUUCCAAGUCCAUGUACGCGAUUUGCGACGAGGGAGGUGUCUCUCUGACCACUCUGGAUGGGACCACCAUGGCUGUUCCUGGCACAGGAGAGAAAGGCUUUUUGAAUCUGUGGAUUGACCUCAAGACCCCCGGUGGCCACUCUUCUGUGCCGCCUGAUCACACCUCAUUGGGCAUUAUGGCAGAUCUCAUAGUGCAGAUUGAAAAUGAUCCAUUUCCAUCCUAUUUCACCCCACAAAACCCCACAUACCACCAGUACGUUUGUCUAGCUGAAAACUCUGCCACCAUUGACAAAGAACUGAAGAAAAAUAUCCUCAGCAGCCAAACUAGCUAUUUGGCAAAUAGACGUGUCAGAGAGUACAUGGAGUCAAGUCGUUGGCUGAAGUACUACAUCAAAACAUCGCAAGCACUUGACGUGAUUCACGGAGGAUCAAAGUCUAACGCGUUGCCGGAAUUUGUUCAGCUGACCAUCAACUCUCGAGUCGCGAUUGAGGAGACCAUCUACUCAGCACUGAGAAAGUAUCUUGGGAACGUGAAAGACGUUGCUCAAAGAUACGAUCUUGGCCUGAGCUACCAACUGAAGAACGAAUCAGCUGUUGAGAUAUUACCCCCAACUCCUCAAGGUGACUUUCUGGUCCACACCGACGAGUUUUUCGAUGUUGCGCCGUUAACCCCCAUAAACGACAACCACUGGAAACUUUUUGCCGGAAACAUCAAACAUGUGUAUGAGGAGCUUGUCUGGCCAGAGAUAUACCAAGGUCCGGAUGCCCACAACCCCAUAAUCGUGUCCCCUGGCAUUGCUCCCGGCAACACAGACACAAAAUACUAUUGGAACCUUUCUGACCACAUUUAUCGGUAUAGGCCUGGAGAGUAUACCAGUGUCGAGACCUCUGCCCAUGGAGUGAACGAGUGGAUAAAAUUCGACAGCCAUCUCCAGAUCAUUGUGUUUUACUUUGAGUAUAUCCAGAGCGUUGAUGAAAUCGACGAUUGA